AUGUCGGUUAAUAUUUGUGCUUCUGUAAUUGAUAAUUCGUUAAUUAAGGUAUUAUUUGUCAAGACGCAGGUGGCAGAUUCGACUCUUUUUGAUGAUUUAAUCAAACAGAUUCAAAACUCAAUUACAUAUUACUCGUCGAACAUUAAUCAACUCGACUUAAACCCAAUAUGUGAAUAUAUAAAUCAAAAUAGUUCUUUAUGCGAAAACAGACCUUUCAAAAUAAACACCUCCUAUAGAACAAUAUGUUCGCAUGGCAAUCAAAUUAAUCUCCCAAAAUCAUUAAUUUGUAUUGACCAUAUAAUUAUAUUCAUUACUUAUGAAAAAAAAUUCUGUUCCUUUAAUCAAAUUUUUGAUGGUCAAAUAAAAAAUCUUGACCAACAAUUCAUAUAUAAAGUUAAUAUCGAUAUCAUUGAUGACCAUAAAGAAGAGAUUAAGUUUAAUUGCGAAGAUCAGAAUGGCAAUCGAUUUAUUUCAAUCGAUGAGUUUGCAAAAAAUGUAAUUCUAGAUAUUUUUUGCAGAUUUAAUUUAAUCAUUAAUAAAUACAUUGAUAAAGGCUAUGAUAAAAUUACAAAAAUCGAAUCAUUGGAUGAAAAAAUUACAGAUAUUAUUAGAUAUAAAGCUCAAAUUGCAGGAAUAUACUUGAUUCUGGGCUUCCCUACAUCAUCUGCAAUUUACUAUAACUCAAUAUUGGAAUUAAUGGAAGAUCAAGAUUCAGAUCUCGUUUAUUUAGCACAUUGUUUUGAAGGCCAGGCUACACUGCUAUAUAAUUUCUAUUCUAACUCUGAUUAUUCAUUAGAGUGGUGGGAAGUUGUAUCUAACUCAUUAAACUCAUUUAUUAAUGAUUUGCCUGCCCCAAUACAAGUCUGUCUACAAUCAAUCAACUACAAUUUGGUGAAUCAUAACGACUCAAUAUAUAAUAUACAAUCAAGAAAACAAAUUUUGUUUGAUGCAAUACUUAAAAAACUUACUCUUUCUCUUAAUUCACUUUGUAGAACAAAUAACUUCACCAAUGGGAUACUGUCUGAUAAUCAUAUAAAAUUACAUUACGAUCAUGAGUUUUCAGUUCCGAUUUAUGAGUUAAUAAUUAAAAAAUCCCGAUUUUUAAUAGAUAAUUUCGUAAGCAACUUCUACCUGGACAGAAAAAUAAUAAUCGACUUUUUGGAUCCUUACGUUCAUUUAGAUAUGUCAUCGAACUUUUCGAAAGAUAAUUUGUAUAAUUAUGCAAUGUUUUUGAUAGGAUGUGCGCAAACAUAUCUUACUGUACAGAGUAAAAGAAGGGUAGGAAUCAUCCUAAUUAAACUAUCAAAACUGUUCAAUCAAAAUAAAAUAUAUAACCUUAGUUAUUAUAUUUCAUGUACGGCCUAUCAGUGGUAUUCAAGCAUCUAUUGUAGAACUAACAAUAUAAAUCAAAUGCAAAUUAUUCAAAAUUUAGCUGCUCAAAUUCUUAAGAAAGAUGACAAUUAUUCAUCACAUAUACAAUGUGCACUAUGUAAUGUUUCAAAUAAUUCAAACAUUUUAAUAGGAAAUAAUUAUACAUUCGAUGAAGAAACUGAAAAAAGAUUGGGCAUAAUCUUUGAAAAAUAUUACGUUCCAGGCAAGCACUAUCUCGAUAAUAAUUAUUUAAAAUACCUCUCUAUUUAUAAACACGAUUUAUCUUUAAGCUACUCAACAUUUAUAUCAAACGAAAACUCUAACUUAUACCAGGACUUGGAGUGCUCAAAUGCCCAUUACGAAUUGUUGGCAUGUUUGAAACCUUUUGUUAAAAGUUUUGUUUGCUAUGGCGUGCAUUCGAUGCUUCAAGCAUAUCGAAAUUUUUAUCUAAAUACAAUUGAUUUGCAAAAAUUGAAAGCAUAUCCAUCUAGAUAUGAAAUGUUGGCACUGAUAUUAAUGAUCGAGUCGAGCAUAUUGUUUGGUUGUGCCUCCAGAUCUGCAACAGUUUUAUUACUAUUACUUGAUAAAAUUGUAUAUUUUCCUCCAAUAUAUGAUUACGAUACAUUAAAAAUAAUUCAGUCAAAGUGCAUAGAUUCAUUGUCAAUAAUAAGCAAUACUAUUCAGCUUCCAAUAGUAAGAGCACCAUAUUACUCGGUUACAAACAGUAAAAAUCGUGGUUAUAUUUCAAUUGAGUCACUAGACCAUUUAUUCAAUACUUUAUUGGACACAACGCACUUAAUACUUAUUUUAGACGUUUCGUUUGAACAAACUCCAUUAAAUACGGGUUGCCAUAAAUGUACCAAUGAAAUUAGCCUAUCGUCCAUCUUCAAUAAAAAAAUAAAUGAUUAUUGCUCUUUCUGCGAAAGUAAUGUUCUAAAAAUAGACAAUUCUCCUUGGAUCUUUUGUAAAGUUUCUAAUAUCAAUUAUUUUUUUGAUUCAAAGUUAAUUUUUCAACCGGAAUUUAAAUGGGUCCCACUCAAAGAAAAAAAUAACAUAAAACUUCCAAUUAUAACUAACUCAAAGGUUAACCAAUCGAACUUAUUUCUUUAUAAUCCAUUUGAAAAGAAAUUUGACCAAGAUUUGAAAGAAACAUUCAAUCAUAGUAAAUCUCAAGCAGAAACUCAAACUAAUAUACUUUGGCAGGCUGAAAAGCAAUAUACACUUUAUGUAUCAUUAUUUAAUCCUUUUCUAAUUCCCAUCAUUCUCGACUGUUUCAGUAUAAUUAUUGAAGGCGAAGUAAAAUGCGACAUUUCACCCGUUUCAGUCGUAAUUCCACCAAGUCCUAGGUUUUCGACUCCAGGUGAAGUAAAAGUUGCAAUUUUAGUAAUUCCAAAAAAUUCGGGGAAUUUCUCUAUUGUUGGUGUUACAUAUAAGUUUUCAGGAAUAAAUUAUGUAAACUUUGGUUCAAAGUUAGCAUUUGUAAAUAACAAGAGCUAUUUAAAGAAAUAUUUGAAUGUUUUUGUAAUACCUAAUAUUUCAAACAAUGACCAUAUCUUCUGGAAAGAAAUUGACAAACAGAAACAAAACACCUGCGUUAAUAGCAUUGAUGGAAAAAUAUUUAUCAAAUCAACUAAAAAACUCACUUGUGAAAUAAAGAAAAAAUUCAAGUUGUUAUCUACAGAAGUCUACAUAGAUCAAAUAGAAAAUAUUACAAAUGAUAAUUUCUCACUUGAAAAUAUGAUUAUGAAAGACGGUGACUCAACUAUCAUAAUUGAGUGUUCAAAUAUAUACAAAGUAAAUAGGUUUAAGCUUUUAGUAAUUCAUUGGAUGGAAAUUAAUGAAAAAAUAAUUAUUUCUUCGCAAUUAUUUGAUAUAUUUUCAAAUAUUCCACCGUUUCCUAAAAUUAUGAGCAUUUCCUUGGUACCCAAGUUAAACUUCCAACCAAUUUAUUUUGGCUCAAACAAUAGCAAAUGGAAAGUUAACGAACUCUGGAUAAUUUUCACAUUGGAAAAUAACUCAAGAGUAUAUCCUAUUGAGUUUUCGUUUCGUUCACAUCUAUUAGAAGGGAAAAGAGUAUUACUUUCACCUGAGAAAAAGAGUUAUAGGUGGGUUGUAGAAACAACCAUUAAGGAUUUAUUUGAACUGAAAAGCAAUCCAUUAUUACUAUAUUGGAAAGCAUUUUUUCCGAAUACUUUGUUCGAUGAUAAUAAUUUUGAGUGUAUAUCUACUGGUUAUUUAACAUCAGAUUUGUUUGCUCCUGAAUUUCUAUCUAAAUAUGAAUUUUUUAUUGAAAUAAAAUCCAAUGGAGUGAAAAUUGGAAACAAACAAGUAAUUCCAGUGAAUUCAACUGUUAACAUCGAAAUUUACGCAAUAAGUGGAGAAAAUUCUACGAAUACGGCUAAUAUUAAGAUUAUACCAUUUGGAGAUACAAUGAAAUCAAAACAACUAUACUUAGAUUAUUCUGGAAAUGACAUCAAUAAUUCAGAAAAGCCUAUUCUCUAUUUUUCUAUGAUUGGUCUGGAGAAAAAAACAUAUGAAUGGAUUGUAGGAGUGGAAGAGUUGGAAAAAUCAACUCAGCAAAGAAUAUUUCAUUGGAAAAAUGACCUACUUUCAGUUUCAUUCGUUUGA